AUGGAGCAAACUUUCUGGCCUUCAAAACCCAGAGACUCUAGGAAAAACUCAGACAAGGCUAUUGAGUUGAUCAAUGAUACCAUCUUGAAAGCUUCUCCCUCGUCAGAGUAUACCACCUCUAAUGCUCUGGUACCUCUCACCAUCUUUGACAGAGCAGCCUCUGAUCUCCAUGUCCCCAUCUUAUACGCCUUCCGGGCACCUCUACCGUCAAACGAAGCCAUCAAGGAAGGACUCUCCAAAGCCUUUGCUCACUACCCCCAUCUCGCCGGUCGGUUCACGACUGACGAUCAAGGCCGCAUUUGCAUCAUUCUAAGCAACGCUGGUGUCCGGGUAAUUGAGACUUACGUUCCAAUCACACUGGCGGAGCAACUCCCCUUCACUCCAGCUUCAGAGGUUGGCAAAAACCUCCUCCCACCCCUAGAAGGUGUGGAAGAAUUGCUCCAGGUUCAGCUAAACCGCUAUGCCUGUGAUGGGCUCGUGCUAGGCCUGAGUUCACACCACCGUGUAGCCGAUGGCCAGUCCAUGAGAUACUUCACUGUCUCAUGGGCGAACUUGGUGCGCGGACUUGACAUUGAACCACUUCCCUAUCACCACCGAGAUGCUGUUUCUGUCCCAAGAAACCCACCCAAAUCUGAGUUCGACCACCCUUCCAUGGACUCAAAGCAAAGGUGCGCCAAGGAGGCAAAUGCUACAGCACUUUUUGAGUGCAUCCUUUCACAUAUGUGGAAGAAGAUGACACAAGCCCAGGGGCUUGAACAGGAUGAGUUCACCCAAGUCAGAGUGGCGGUGAAUGGCCGAGACCGAAUGAAUCCGCCGGUGCCCAAGGAGUACUUCGGCAACUUGGUGCUCUGGGCCUACCCAAGGCUGAGGGUGAAGGACUUGUUGCAGGAGAGCCAUGCCUACGUUGCUAAGGCAAUCCAUGAGGCCGUGGCUAAAAUUGACCAUGAGUACUUCCAGUCAUUUAUUGAUUUCGGAGAGUUAUGGAAAGGAAAAGAAGGUGAGUUGGUAGUGAUGGUGCUGGAGGCCGGAAACGCAGCGUGUCCUAACCUGGAGGUGGAUAGCUGAUUGACGUUCUGCUUUCAUGAUCUUGACUUUGGUGGCGGAGCGCCCUGUACUUUUAUGCCCCCAUAUUUGCCUGCUGAAGGCUUAAUGGUAUUUGUUCCUUCUUGCAAAGAGAUAGGAGAUGUGGAUGUAUUCCUUGCACUGGUGGAUGAGCAGGUCGAACACUUCAAACAUAUUUUCUACGAUUUGGAUUUAAGUCACAAUUGAGGUGGGAAUGAUGUCUGAAGCUGCUCUUCCACUUUACUUAUCUUUGAUGUAUAUAUA